AGGAGGAAGCCACAAGUCGGGACAGGGGGUGGAGGAGGGGGGGCCCGAGGACAGGCCCAGGCAGGGAGUUGCCGCCCGGACCCCGUGGUGAUACUGGGAUCAACACCCUCUCCUGUAAAUUCUGUGCAUACCUGUAGUUGUUGCUGUUAGCUGCAUCUCAAAUACCAGCCAUGGCAGCCUCUAGCAGCACCACCAGUGAAGAAGAACGUAGCCUUCGCGAAUGUGAACACUAUGUCCAAAAACACAAUAUCCAGCAACUCCUGAAGGAUUGCAUCGUCCAGCUAUGUACAGUGCGGCCUGAGAGACCCAUGGGUUUCCUCCGGGAAUACUUUGAAAGACUGGAGAAGGAAGAAACAAAACAGCUCCUGAGUCUGCAGAAAUCAAGUUCCCGCACAGAUUCACGUGAAGAUGAGAUUUCUCCUCCCCCACCCAUGAACCCAGUGGUAAAGGGUCGCAGAAGGCGUGGUGCCAUCAGUGCCGAAGUUUACACAGAAGAGGAUGCUGCCUCUUAUGUUAGAAAGGUUAUUCCAAAAGAUUAUAAGACUAUGGCUGCUUUGGCAAAAGCCAUAGAGAAAAACGUGCUUUUUGCUCACCUUGAUGACAAUGAAAGAAGUGAUAUAUUUGAUGCCAUGUUCCCAGUCACAUAUAUUGCCGGAGAGACUGUGAUACAGCAAGGUGAUGAAGGGGAUAACUUCUAUGUUGUUGAUCAAGGAGAAAUGGAUGUAUAUGUAAACAAUGAAUGGGCCACCAGUGUCGGGGAAGGGGGCAGCUUUGGAGAGCUUGCACUGAUCUAUGGAACACCCCGAGCAGCAACUGUCAAAGCAAAAACUAAUGUGAAACUGUGGGGUAUUGAUAGAGACAGCUAUAGAAGAAUCCUUAUGGGUAGCACAUUGAGAAAGAGAAAGAUGUAUGAAGAAUUUCUUAGUAAAGUGUCAAUACUGGAAUCCCUUGACAAAUGGGAGCGUCUCACAGUAGCUGAUGCUCUAGAGCCAGUACAAUUUGAGGAUGGACAAAAGAUUGUGGUGCAGGGAGAACCAGGCGAUGAGUUCUUCAUUAUACUAGAGGGUACAGCUGCUGUGUUACAGCGCAGGUCAGAGCAUGAAGAAUUUGUGGAAGUGGGCAGGCUUGCACCCUCUGAUUAUUUUGGUGAAAUAGCUCUGCUGAUGAAUCGACCUCGUGCUGCCACUGUCGUUGCUCGUGGCCCAUUGAAAUGUGUAAAGCUUGACCGGCCCCGAUUUGAGCGUGUCUUGGGUCCGUGCUCGGAUAUUCUCAAGCGGAACAUCCAGCAGUACAACAGCUUUGUGUCUCUGUCUGUCUGAAGUCUCCCUCCUUCUGCAAAACAUGCUUCACAGAUGCAGACUGCUUCAUUAUUCUUGUGCAGAGCCACAUGGCCACUGGCUAUUGCCGCUUCCUGUCUGUCUGAGGGAGGAAAAAACAAACCAGUUGCUUUUCAUGGCACCAUUUUAAAUUUUAAGAGCAUUAUUUUGGUGCUUCUGGUCCCAUUUAAAAUAAAUAGAAAAUUGUAUGGAGACAUUUGCUGUUACUGCUUCUCUCUGUGCAAUGUGCACUGUCCAACUUUGGCAGUGACUGCCAUUCCUUUCGCUGGGAGAAUCUCCUCGCACCAAGGUUAUUGCCAUAGAGUUAAGGUUGUAACAGUGGAAAAUUCUUACAAGGCACACAUUUCUCAGCUGGUGAGUCCUACAUUUCUGUUAGGUUAUGGUCACUUUCUACUCCUCUUAGACUUACCUUCUCAGCUCAACUUCUUGGCAUACAUGUUCUUGAUAUGGGUUACCUUUGGUUUGGUUUACUGAGAUGAGCUCCCAGUAAAACCACAGUUAGAAGUUUGCUAGUUUGGUGCACCUGUGUCCAUAUCGGUUCAAGAUGGCUUGUUUGUUAGGGUUUUGUGUACAAGCUUUUCUGGCAGCUGCUGCCAGUUUUGCUGGAGCUUUGGCACAGCAAAUCUUUUUGCCUGUUCUCAGUUGUGAAUAUUCAUAUUUGCCCUUCCUAUUUUUUUUUCUGUGCAAAUUCUCUAAAACCAACCAGUGGGUUAAAACUCCUAAAUAUCGGUGUUGGUGUUCACCCUGGCAUAAGAAUUGUACUGCUCCUUAGCUAGUGCCAAAUAGUAACACCCCCAUGCACUGAAUGUAGAACAGGAAACUGAAGGGUACGUCCUGUGUGUCCAGUCUUCUGUGUACCCCUUCCAAGCUUUGCCUUCUCUGUUAACUUAUGGACCCAGAGAAUUCAAUGAUUCUGUUAGCAUAGUUGGCAUUCAAUGCCGAAUGGAAUAUGCAAUUCCCUUUAGGAAGAUGACAUGACUCUGACUCAUGCAAAAGACAGGAAGCAGAAAACCAGUGUCCUGUGUCCUGUCAGACUCUUUUUUUCUAAGCAGAAGUUUUAUUAACUUUUAAGCAUUUAAAAAUACUCUGUCUGAAAAAGACAAACACUCUGAUCUUCGUUUUGCCCCAGAUUCUCAUAUCAAUUUGACAGAAUUAACUAUUUUUGGAAAGUUAACCCUGUUGUCAAGUCUGAAAUGUGUUUCAGUAUUUACCAGGUUUGUGUUAACAAUAUUCUGUGUGCACCAAGUGCUGCCCACUAGCUUUAUGGAAUUUCACAAUUAGAUAAUGUAGGCAAUUUAGUUUCAUUAUAACAUGUAAAUGAUCUAAAAACUAGUGUAGGGUUUUAUUUGGGAGUGACAGCAAGUAUUUCCCAUUAGUUACGUAACUAUUUCGUAUGAAUCCCACUCACCCAAGCCUUUUACCCCCACCCCACCCCUGCACAAUUAGACCUGGUAUACACCUUUCUGACUUGCUGGCUAUUGGAAAAAAUGUUUACUAAUCAUAUUUAAAGUUCGAGGAAUAGGAGCCUUAGUAUAUAAAAAAAGAAAAAAAUCUGUGGGGAGCUACUGAUAGGCCCACAUUUCUACAUAUGGAUUAAAUGUAAAAUAUACAUUGUGAAUUCCUUCUGUUCAUCCUAAAGAUCUUGGUGAGAUAAGGAUAUCUACCCAUACUCUUCAGGAGUCCAUAUAUGCUAUUUUUUUCCUCUAAAAUUCUAUUCAGUUUGAAUCUAUCCAGGGAUUUUUUUUUCCUUAUACGUUUGUUACUUUUGAAGCUUGAUUUGAUCCUUGUUGAAGCACCAAAAAGAUUUUAAAUCUUACGUAAGCUAGUUAGAGCGCCACAAAAAUGCACAUUUUUUUAUAUAAGGCUUUCUAAUCAAGUUUCACUACUGCGUCUUUUUAGCUUGCUGUUUACUCCCUUUUGUAGUUUUACCAACAAGAUUUUAAGAUGAACCAGCUAUGUCUGAGUUAAAUAUUAAUCACAGUUAAAGCUUUACCUUUGUGUGCAAUUUAAACAUGUUUGAAUCCACAGUUGGUAUAGUUUGCCUUAGCUAACAUUCAGGGCUUUAGAUGUAAACUUUUUUUUUUUUGCUAGGUCAAAAUAGCAAAUUAAAAAAAAUCUACUGCCCUAGAGUGCUAUAGUAAACCAGAGGACCAUUUUUGUAUUGUUACCAGACUAUAAGUCUGACUUACUGUAUGUGCUAAUAUAUUCCUUUUGUUAUAGAUUGUCCUAAUGCCAGGUAAAGCAAUAAAAUGAUUUAAAUUCUUAAA